UGGUGAACCAACUCUUUAAACGUCAAAGUGUAUGAAUAGAGAAGACAAGUUAGGGGACACAGGAGAUCUUGUUAGACCUGUAGUUCUCUGUGCUUUUGUAUUUAUUUGCAAAAUGCAAAAAAAAAAGCAGACUUGUCUUCUGUGUGUCACAUUGAUUUACAGGUUUCACUUUUUAUUGUUGGAUAUAGUCCGUUAGUUGUACCUUAAUUCUCCUAACCUGUAGGGUGUACUCUGAAAUCUCCACUUAUGCACCACAUAGAUUGUAGGCAGACAAAACAUGAGGUUCUUCCAAAUCUCCCCUCAUGCUCAGAUCGUAACAUGAAUGUUAUCCUCCUCUCAGAUGUUCUCGGAUAACCAGGCAACAGACUCAACCCCUGCUAUCAUGUUUUGUUUUGCUUUUCCCUUAACCAUAGCUCAGUGUUAAGCCACAGUGUAUCGCUCCACCGUUCGGUUCUUGAGAGAGUGAUACAGAAGCCAGUUUCAGAGAGACAACCACAGAUAGUGGCAGUUAAACUUGUUCCUGCGUGGGCCUUGGCCCUGACUCAUCUGGUGAAGUUUGAUGAUCUUUGUGGGGAGACGCCAAACAUCGAAAUGAGACAACUGCACUGUCUCUGACAUCACAUUGUUUUGAAUAGUUUGCCAGAGCCUGUAUGCACAGUUUGUAUCCCAGGCACGCUCCAUUUGAUGCUAUCAGCCUCUGAAUGAUAUUUUGUUCAUUAGACGGUGUGCAAUAAGAGACCAGUGUUGACACAACGUGAGUUAAUGUGUUUAGUGUCUCUAAUGGAUCAUGGAGGUCCUAAUGAAACAUUGUCAUGGGAAGAUUUAUGUUGCAAGCUGCUGAGUCCUCAUUUCCAUUUUAUAUGUGGUUAGAAGUAACUUUAUUCAAUGAACAGAACACGAUAGAUGGGCUUAAAUGAAUAUAGAUAUUCGGAGUGUAAAACAGGAAUAAAUACAAAAUGUAUCUUAGAAAUCACACGGAGGAGGUGUCAUAAUACUGUGGCAAAGACACGACGCUGCUGUAGUGUUGUUAGUAUUAAACAACUGUAGAGAAUAUAAAAUGAGCCUCUAAAAUACCAAAAUUUGAAAUACAGGAGAUGUGUAAAAAAAUUUAAAAAAGGUUCCUUUAUUUUCUAGAUUUCAAAUAUUGCAGUGCCUGAAACCGAAGCUGUAUGAUGUUUGUCUUGUAGAGGAUAUGAGCGCCAGCUUAUUCAUGGAAAUGCCAAAUGCAACGUGGUUAUUGGCCAAGGCUGGAUUGCACUAAAACCAGAAUAUUGUAUCAGAGAGAGGCAGCUGGUUAGGAGUCAGAACAGAUUAUCAUAUGAGAGAGGAUGAGUGAGGAGAGGGGGAGGAGAGACGGCGAGAGAGAGAGAGAGAGAGAGAGAGAGAGAGUGAGAGAGAGAGGGAGAGAGAGAGAGAAGUAGGGACUGGAAUGGGAAGCAGGAGGCGAGAGCGAGGGGCACAGGAGGGAGAGCGGGAGAAAUGAUAGCGAGAAACUCAUCGCCCGGUCGCUGUGGGGUGGAGGGGAUCAUCCAAACCCUUCCCUCACUAUCUACCCUUCUUCACCUGUCAAAAAGAGUGUGUGAGAGCCGUCAGAGUGUGUGUGUGUGUGUGUGUGUGUUUGUGUGUGUGUGUGUGUGAACGAGAGAGAGAGAGAGGAGCAUGCGGGUCCUCUGAGAGGUCAGGGGAAGAAGCUGGGGCUCCACUCAUCUUCUCUCCGUGUAGGGCCCACCGCUGCUCACAGACAUCUGGCCCCACACUGAUCACUCAUAUCUACAGACAGGGAGGAGGAGGAGAAGGAGCGAAGUGCUUCGAUCUUUGAGCCACAGAAAAAUUACAGAUCCCCACUUAUCCAUCUCCCUUUUUUUUUUCUUUUUUUGCUUCCCUUCCCUGUUAUUACCUCAGCUCUUUUUCUCGUCCACUCCUCUCUUAUCCCUGUCUAGCCUUUCAUCCCCCUCUUUGACUUUUUUUUUUUUCUUAUCCUUGACAUUGCACCAUUUUUAAAAGCAGCAAAAAAAAACAAGAGAGUAGAAAGGUAGGGGAGGGAGAGGAGCAAGAAAAACUGAUGUCUGCUAGAACUGGUUUCUGACUUUAUCCUUGCACUAAAAAAGAUAAGCCACAGAAGAUAGCGAGUGUGCUGUGUCUAGCAAGCUGGUAUACAAGGCUCUGACUGCAAUCAGUGGGAAGAGGGCCAGCUUCCCUGCCUGAGCUCUCAGCGCCCCUACUGGCUGCAUGCUGUGCCAAUCAAAGGCUAGUGGGUGGGGAGCAGUCAGACAUGAACACUGAUGUCACAGUCACAUGGAUUCUGGUGUGGUCAUGCUCGGAGGCUGAGAGACAGAGCUGUGCUGGCCAGCUGCUGCUGAGACAGCAGUGGAGGGCUUUGCGCUGGUGAUAGUUGUUCUCUUAUGGACUCGAAGCUUAAUGAUGUAUUUUGUGAUUUCAGCUAUGAAAGCUCAAAUCGAAAUAAUUCCCUGCAAGAUCUGUGGAGACAAAUCAUCAGGCAUCCAUUACGGCGUGAUAACAUGUGAAGGCUGUAAGGGCUUCUUCAGGAGGAGUCAGCAGAGCAAUGCAGCCUACUCCUGCCCUCGUCAAAAGAACUGCCUGAUCGACCGCACCAGCCGCAACCGCUGCCAGCACUGCCGGCUGCAGAAGUGCCUGGCAGUGGGCAUGUCACGAGAUGCGGUGAAGUUUGGCCGCAUGUCAAAGAAGCAGCGAGACAGCCUGUACGCCGAGGUCCAGAAGCACAGGCUGCAGCAGCAGCAGCGUGACCACCAACAACAGCCUGGAGAGGCGGAGCCACUCACACCUAGCUAUGGCCUCUCAGCCAAUGGCCUCACAGAGCUCCAUGAUGACCUCAGCGGCUACAUGGAUGGUCACACCCCUGAUGGCAGCAAACCAGACUCGGCGGUCAGCAGCUUCUACCUGGACAUCCAGCCAUCUCCUGACCAGUCAGGCCUGGACAUCAACGGCAUCAAGCCGGAGCCCAUCUGCGACUUUGCCCCCGGCUCUGGCUUCUUCCCUUACUGCUCCUUCACCAACGGAGAAACUUCCCCCACCGUGUCCAUGGCUGAACUAGAACACCUGGCCCAGAACAUCUCCAAGUCACACAUGGAGACAUGUCAGUACCUGAGGGAGGAGUUGCAGCAGAUGACCUGGCAGGCCUUCCUACAGGAGGAGGUGGAGAGCUAUCAGAGCAAGCCCCGGGAAGUCAUGUGGCAGCUGUGUGCUAUCAAAAUAACAGAGGCCAUUCAGUAUGUGGUGGAGUUUGCCAAGCGCAUCGACGGCUUCAUGGAGCUGUGUCAGAAUGAUCAGAUAGUGCUGCUGAAAGCAGGCUCUUUGGAAGUUGUGUUUGUCAGAAUGUGCCGUGCCUUUGACUCGCAAAACAACACAGUCUAUUUUGAUGGAAAGUAUGCCGGACCUGAUGUGUUCAAGUCAUUAGGCUGUGACGACUUGAUCAGCUCCGUCUUCGAGUUUGGGAAAAACUUGUGUUCUAUGCACCUGUCUGAGGAUGAGAUCGCCCUGUUCUCCGCCUUUGUGUUGAUGUCUGCUGACCGAUCCUGGCUCCAGGAGAAGGUGAAGGUGGAGAAACUCCAGCAGAAGAUCCAACUGGCCCUCCAGCAUGUCCUGCAGAAGAACCACAGAGAGGAUGGUAUACUUACAAAGUUGAUAUGCAAAGUGUCGACACUGCGAGCGCUGUGCAGUAGGCAUACAGAGAAGCUUACAGCUUUCAAAGCAAUAUACCCAGACAUUGUGCGUGCCCACUUCCCCCCCUUAUACAAGGAGCUGUUCGGAUCAGACUUUGAGCAGUCCAUGCCCGUUGACGGGUAGCAGCCCUGCCAGGUGCCAGUGUGCCCGCCGUAGGGGAAUGUGGAGGAGGAAUCUGAGACACUUUAUUGGUGCCCUGCACAAACCAGAGUGGACAGAUGGCACGCUGUUCAACUUCUUCUUUUACAUCGGAGGGGAGGGCUUAGGGAGUUGAUUCUCAAGGUUUACUUUAUUGAAUUUAGUUCUCUUUGGAAGACUUGUGGGACCUGACACCCCAUGGGACAUGAAGAGGAGAUAGGGACAAAUAAUUUCUGUCUGGUUGAACUUGACCCUCUUUUGCGCAUUUUUGAACAUGGGAUUCAUGAUUCACUUCAUUCAUUUCCACCAGUAUUUAUUGCAUCACCAUGGUUAUGAUUUUAAAGAGUUAAUAAGUAAUGAUGAAUCCGCAUCAGUAUUAUUUUUCAGGUUACACUCCCAAAACAAUUUUAGCAUUUUCAUAUUCAAAAGUUUAAAUGGUCUAAUCCCUACCUGCUUCAUACACUAUAUCCCCCCAAACUGAAAUAAAUAGCUGAUAAAUGCGCACAUUUUGGUCAAGUUCAGCCGUUUUCUUUUUUCUCUUGUGUUCACUCGUAUUUUUUUUGGACGCAGUUCCUGGAAUGAAAACUCACAGCGACUUUGAGGGAGGGUCUGUCGGCAUGGUGAUGCAAUCGGCACCUCUCUGUGGACAAUCGUUUAAAAAAAAAAAAGAAAAAGAAACAUAGAAUUCUGGUAAUUCUAAUGAAAAACGCAAUGAUUUUAGCUGUCAAAGACUCCAUCCACCAUUGUUGCAUAGUGAAAUCAUGUAAGGCCAUCUGCUAUUAAUCCUUCUCUGGACAGGUGCCCUGGAGAAGCACAGGGCACCAACACAAUGAAAAGGGUCCAUUCCACCUGUUUUAUAAUGUACUACAGGGUAUAUGGUCAUAAGUACUUACUAUACAGAAAAAAGUAAUGUUUAUAGAAUCUAUUUUAAAUAACAUGUAUGAUAUUAGUAGUUAGACCAUUCUUAAUUGUUGAAUUGAUAAGGCACUUUUAUUUACACCUUUCUUUAAUUUAAGACUUGUAUAUUUACCUAGUGAUGUGUUGCAUGUGCACAAGAAAUACAAGUUGAACCAUGGUCACAGAGGCUAGUCCUGGGAGCUGCAGAUGAUACUGGUCUAGAAGUGUAAGGGCUGUCUGUUGGGAUUGCUGACGUGGCGGCUGGUUGGUGAACAAAGAGGCGUGGAUGAGAAGGCAGGUUAGAGAAGCUCUAUCACCUGUUACCUCAACAACUACCUGUCCAACACCUGUCAAAAUGUAGCUCAGAUACUCUUUUAAGCGAGUAUGCACACUUAAAAUAACAGCCAACAAACCUUGUAGUGAUGUUACAGCCUCUUUCUUGAUCUUGAACAGACCUGGAUUGAACAGCGUUUGUUUAAACCUUUUUUUUUUCCAAAUACCAAUAUUUGGUACUUACUGUGAAAAACCUCACAUAUUAUGUUAAGAACAGCACAAGAAAACAUAAAAAAAAUCAAACAUUAUCGCAGCCAGAUCUUACAAACCAACAAUGAAUAGCCUUGAGGUCGGACUAGAAAGAUCACACAUAGACUGUAAUCCAAUUGUUCCAUCUAGUGGAAGGUAAAGAUACAGCAAGCAAGUUAACAGUUCUAAACCUGACAAAGACACAAGGUCUUAACCUAAAAGCACAUUCAUGAGCCUCUGUUAAAAUGUUUUGAGUGUACUUUGUUGUUGUUUUCGAGCAACUUUAUCUGCCUUCUCACCACAGCCUCAGCCCAGCAAUGCCACAACAGGACACAGAAGGAAACAGUGAAGGGAAAGUGAAUAUUCAAAGCCUUGUCUGGUAGUAAAGCUUCUAUUUUUGUAACAUGUUUUGGUUAAUAAACUCAUGAAAGAGAACGAGGGAGAGAAAAAGAUGUCAGGUAGCACUUAACUAUAUUCCCGCAAUAAUUAGAAUAGCUGUUGUUUGUAUGAUUAGGGGAGAAGCAUAAAAAUGGUAGGACAAGUGCUAUUUUCAGAAUGCUUUGUUGUUGUGUUUCUGUUUCGUUGAGUGUGUCUUUCUUGUCGGUGUGGUAGUAAAGUGGUAGAAAAAAAAAAAGAAACCCUGGAUGUGCCAAACAGUAGUCGUUGCUUCCGCUUUCCAGUCUACUCGUCUGUUAUGUAGAAUGGAUUCCUAAGACAUUCCAGCAAUCUCAGUAGCGGCUUCUAGAAAUAUGUUUAAAAAAAGAGAAAAAGAAAAAAGAAAAAAAAAGAAAAAAGUGUUAUCCCUUUAGAAACCCAACGAAACAUGUUAAUACAUCUGUCACCAACCGUUACAUAGAAUCCAGUUGUUUGUCUUUUGUUUUUCCUUUUUUGCACACUAUCAUUCCUCUGCCGUGCAAUUUGCACGAGGCGUUAAGGCCUUGUGCUGUCACCCCUCAGGGACGAGUUUCUUUUGCGCUUUCUGUUUUGAGAGGACAUUUGUUUGUACUCAUUAAAUUUAGUUUUAUGUUUUUGUUUUUUUUUGUCAGGGAUGUUCCAUGAGAAGUCGUUGAGAUUUGAAUAUUCAUCACAGAGUGGUUCCGAAUUUUACAUUAUCAAUGUCCUUAAGGGGGCCUCCAGUUGCUCAAUGACCACCACUGCGCCCCUAUGAGUUCAAGAGAAUCUCAUUUGUGAAAAAAAAAACAAACCCCAUCACUUUUACAAACCGCAGUUUUAUCAGUACACAGCAUAUUCGUGUCACAAAAAAAAAACAAAAAAAAAAAAAACGUUUUGGUUUCAAAUGGUGUCAUCAGGGUCUUUAAAAAUGAUAGCCCUCUUUGUUAGAAAAACCAAAUAUUCUUAUGCAAUACUAUAAAUCUGUUGUGUUUUGGGUUGUAGUAGAUAUGCUGUACCUAAGUAAUAAUCUCUGUUAUGAUCCAAUGCUAUUUGGAUAUGCACAAGCCCUCUACGACUAGUAAACCUCAGUCUCCCAGCAAAAGAAAACCCAGUCUGGAACAACUGCUAGACAAUCCAGGUUGAGAGGCCCAGUGGCCUGGCAAGAGCAGCAAAGAGGAUGAGGUGUGAACGCUCAGGGAGGUAACAGGUAGACCGAAGAAGCAGCUCACUUUCCUCUGGACAGUUGUAGAGCAUUUGAUUAUAGCUCUUUUGUGAAUUUAUGAGGUCUUUAAAAAAAAUCUCUUCAAAGCACUCAAUUAAUAAGAGGAGGUGGCAUAAGCGCACUGAACAUGCAGUACAGCACUUACUGUUCAGAAAAAGAUUAAGAGAUGGAGAUUUGGCUGAUUUCCUAUUUAUUUGUUUGCAUAAAGAAAAUGGGUUUGUUUCUUGAAAAAUGAUUAUUCAUUUUUGUUAAGCUGUUGUAAUAUUGCUGAUGGUCAAAACAAUUCCGUAUUGUCUCAAAUAUGAUCAGCUAAGGUCUACCACCGAAACAGUUGUUCUCUCCAUAAAGUGAAAAUUUCUUUUCAAGUUGAAAUGGUUGAGUGGCAUGUAACGUGUUCUACAAUAUAAAACAAGCAAUACGCCUUGUGUUAUAAUUACGGGUCUCUACAGUGCAGUUGUCAUCCUUUUGAAUUGACUUUUGUUCAUCGAGUUGACUCAAACUGAUAACGUUUACUCUCAGUCAAGAACAAAAAAAUCUUUUUUUUAAAAAGCCCCAUCACUCUGUUUUCAUCUACUUAUGUACUGGUAUGGUUGGCAAGAUAGCUGGUCAUCAAACACAUGGAUACUUGUGUCUAACUAUAAACUGCGCCUUCACACAGGCCUGUAAAGUGAUGUCCUUCUGUAUAUUCUCACUUGAGAUAUCCCGAUUUAAGUAAGGGAUUGAUGCUAAGUGUGCUAUUCAAUCAGUGUAUAGUAUUCAGUAAAAUGUGCUGGUCCUUCUGUCUCUGCUCUGUUGUCUGUUUGUAAAAAGCAAUAGUGUGUGUGUGUGUGUGCGUAUGUGUUUGUUCUCACAGUGUGUGAAUAAAAUAAACCCCAGACAAGGCUUUAAUAAUUACAGAGGAACAGGGUUAUGUGGAUGAGGAGGUCUUGAUUUUAUUUUGGGACUUUUGUUUAAAAAAAAAAAAAAAAGGUUUUGGAAAUGCUGAGCUUGAUCCAUCCAUAAUAGGUGUAGGUUUUCUUAAAGCAUGACAUAAUGCCUUCAACAAUUCAUAGGUCUGCAGAAAGCUGUGAAGCAACAUUGACCGGCUUCACAGUGCAAACAUGCUUCAUCACUGGUUCAAACGGCACGGCCUGAACUGAAAUGAAUUCUGAACUGUAAAUUGAGAGAAACGUAGACCGUGACCAUAAAUUGUGAGGAUCAGAGUUAUGUCACGCUUAAAAAAAAAGUUGUGCUGGAGUGUCAGUGUGUUACCCAGAAUUAUGAGUCGGUCGUCACAUUUUAACAGAACUCAUUUUCCAAAGCACAGCUGAUAAGGAUUUAUGAUUAAAAAUACAUUUAAGAAUAUAGUUUUAAAAAAACGAAAAAGCAACUUUUAGCCAUAAUCGAAUGUCAAGCAAUAAUAUAUGUCUGUGUAUUAUUUUUGAUUCUUUUGUGCAUAAUAGUCUUUGAACAUCUGCAUGUAAAUACACCUCUUAUUUAUCACCUUUCGGUUUUGUUUUAUUUUGUGUUGAUUUCGUGAAUGUUUUUAUGUUUCAUCUGUAUAUUUGACCAGUUCUGUUCCCAGGUGGAGAACUAAGAACUUGACAUGGCCUGUAUGCUGUAUAUCUUAUUUUCUCUCUUUCUCUCUCCCUCAUUCUCGGCUGUUUAUUCACCAUAUUUAAUGUUAUUAUUGAUCACAUGUAUAAAGGUAGCUUUGUAAUUUCUGUCUGUAUAGGUAAGAGGAAAAUACUGCUACUAAGGCCUACCCAGUGAAAAUAUUUAUCUGUUUAUCAAUUACACCAUAUUGUACGAUAACUCUGUUUCUAGUUUGCUUCCCUCCUUUAGGAUUAGUUUGAUAGAGAUAGGGUGUGCUGACAUUUAUUUUGUGUUGCCCUAAUGUGUGGUGCUAGGUAAGUUAAUUUUGUGAACAAAGUAUUGAUUCCUAAGCCUGGCCGCCCUAUUAGUCCAUUCAUUUCAUUGCAUAUUAAUGUAUUAUUGAUAUUAGGACUCAAUAAAUAAUAAUGAUAAUGAAAAUGAUAGUGGUAAAGUUACCCGACCAGUACCUGUAUCAGUGUGCUAGUCUUGGGAUAAGGCACUUAUUUCCUUUUGACUUAUAGCAAAGCUAGUAUCUGCUAAUUAACAAGCUAUUUAAGGUUGCUUUUCUGGUUUGUGGAAAAAUGAUAGUAUUCAAACUGAAACAGCAGUAUUGUGUUUUUUCUUUGUCUGAUUGUAAAAACCACUCACUGAGGCUAUAGUUUGUCAGGUUUUAAGAUACUAAAUAUUUACCUCUCUUGCGUCUGCAUAGUUCUUCACCUGAUGCAGGGAAGUGGUGCUUGGAUUUUAUUAAACAGAGCCUCGGUAUGCUUUUGUUAUUCCCCAUUUUAGACUAUCCUGAAAGUGGUUUCUUCAGACCAGUGGCAAAAUCCUUUUGCACCACAUGAAGUGUUACAAAUGUACAUGAAAGAAUUGCCAUUUGAGGACAAAGUUGACCUUUUCUCUCCACUCUGUAGCAAAUAUCAGUGAGAAUAUGCUUGCAAUAAUAUACAACGUAUCACACUGAGUGCCUCUCGGUGUAACAAGAUGCAUACAUGGUUUUGAUUGUCUUUUUUUGUGGUUUUUGCAGACGUGUACUGAAGUGACUAUGUAUUUUGUACAUGAGGAUGAAUUCUCACUCUCACCUGCUUCAACUGUUUUUUCCGAUUCUUUCUUUAUGUGAUGUUAAUCAUUUUCACGUGGGUUGAGGCGCUUUGUUAAAGGGUUUUAAUGUAACGAUGGUCCGUUUAGAGUGUACAAGUCACCCCCUCACGUUAUUUGAGAAACACAACUGGAAAGUUUGUUUCAAUGUUGAUCUCGAAUGGUCAAAUAAAUGCUCGCAGAUAAUAUUACACAAAA